AUGCUCCGAAGGCCUGUGCUGGACUCGAUAUGUCCGUUCUGCAGGCUUACUCUUGACCCAAGCAUCUCGUCCGCCGCGCACAACCCGCCACGACAGCCAUGGGCCGCCGCCGCCGCCGCCAGCCGGCUCGCCUCGACCUACCGACAGAAACCCUCGCGCAUGGUGCUGUCCGACCGCGUCGCGCAGCCAGCCUCUUCUCGACAAGACGACUCGGGCGACAGGAAGCCGCGGCGAAGAGCGGUGGACGGGCCCUUCGCAGGCAUGAAUAGGACGGUGGCCAAUAUCGACCCCAUGCGCCGCAUAGCGCAGUCGCGCGUGCGAGGCAAAGACGGCGGCGAGGAUGAGAGGGCACCGACUAUAAAGUCCAGGUUCAAGGCCCUGCGCAUGCACCGCGCCCUCAAGACGAUCAGCUACGGGCAGAGGAUGACGCUCAAGGACCGCGUGCGGGAGGUUGAGAGCUUUGAGGCCUUUGACCUGCUGCCGUCGGUCCAGGAGGCGGUGCUGCUCGACGUGUUCAAGGACAAGAACGAUAUCAAGCCAACGCCUGUGCAGCGGCUGGCCAUCCCGGCACUGCUGGGGCAGAAUAUCGGUGCCAAUAGGCGGAGCGCCAGGGCGAGAGCGCCGAAGGCAGAGGCCAGGGAAGAGUUCCUCCUGGCUGCGGAGACGGGGUCGGGCAAGACGCUGGCCUAUCUUCUCCCUUCAGUGAACGCCUUGAAGGUAGCCGAGGCGGAGGAUGAGGACAUUCAGCGCUAUAACAAGCGUUUUGCCGAGGAGAAGGCCCUGCGGGCUGACCCCAAGUUCAGGGGCAGGUCCGUCAUGGAGCCGCACCCCACCACCGCCCGGCCGCGGGUCAUCGUCCUGGUGCCCACCGCGGAGCUGGUCGACCAGGUGGGUGCCGUGGCCAAGAAGAUCUCACACUACGUCAAGUUCAGGUCGGAGAAGCUCUCGGCCAACUUCGACGCCAAGAUCAUCGAGCGCCGGAUCUACGACCCCAAGGGCGUGGAUGUGGUCAUCGCGACGCCGCACCUCCUGGCGUCCAUGGCCGAGUCCGACCCCAACGUCCUCUCCCGGGUGUCCCACCUCAUCGUCGACGAGGCGGACUCCCUGUUCGACCGCAGCUUCAGCCCCGUCACGACCAGCAUCAUGGACCGCUGCAUGCCGUCCCUCCGACAGCUCAUCCUCUGCUCGGCCACCAUCCCGCGGCGACUCGACACCUACAUGGCCACCAAGUUCCCCGCCAUGAAGCGCAUCACCACCCCCAACCUGCACGCCAUCCCGCGGCGCGUGCAGCUAGGCGUCAUCGACGCGUCCAAGGACCCGUACCGCAACAACAAGAACCUGGCGUGCGCCGAUGCCAUCUGGUCCAUCGGGCGGGACGCGUCGGCGCACGAGGGCAUGGUGCCGGGCGAGGUCGACGUCAAGCGCAUCAUGGUCUUUGUCAACGAGCGCGAGAAGACGCAGGAGGUCGCCGACUUCCUGGUGUCCAAGGGCGUGGACGCCGUCGCCCUCCACAGGGACACGCCCGAGCAGCGCCAGAGCGAGAUGCUGGCCACCUUCAUGUCCGCCGAGCCCCUGCGCCGCCAGCAGAUCGAGGCCAUCGACCGGAAGAGCCCCGUGCGCGGGAAGCGCGCGCUGGAGAACACAAAAGUCAUCGUCGCCACGGACCUGGCGUCCAGGGGCAUCGACACCCUGGGCGUGCGCCAUGUGGUGCUGUACGACGUCCCGCACACCACCAUCGACUUCAUCCACCGGCUGGGCAGGGCCGGCCGUAUGGGUCGCCGCGGCAGGGGCAUUGUGAUCAUGGGCAAGGACGACAGGAGGGAUAUCGUCUCUGAGGUCAAGGAGAGCAUGUUCAUGGGACAGGCGCUGGUGUAG